CCGGCUGGGGUGGGGCGGGGCCAGGAAAGCGGCCUGCUCUGCCGGAGGAGGAGGAGGAGGAGGAGGAGGAGCAGAAGGAGAAGGAGGGCGGCGAGAGGCCUGGCGGUACAUUUCAGCAUCAAAACUAGGAAAAACAAGAAGGAAUGGCUGUGGAGGAACUUAAUUCCAUAAUAAAGAGAUGUCAAAUCCUAGAAGAACAAGACUUCAAAGAGGAAGAUUUUGGCCUGUUUCAGUUAGCAGGCCAAAGAUGCAUAGAUGAAGGACACAUAGAUCAGCUAUUAGAAAUUAUUCAAAAUGAAGAGAAUAAGGUCAUCAUUAAGAAUAUGGGCUGGAAUCUUGUUGGUCCUGUUGUUCGAUACCUUUUAUGGAAUGAUAAGGAACAUGAUAAAAGAAAGUAUUAUUUUCUGAUGCUUGAUUUAUUGGUAAAGUUAUGUAAUCCAAAGGAAUUAUUGUUGGGUUUGCUUGAGCUGAUUGAAGAACCCUCUGGAAAACAGAUAUCCCAAAUUAUUCUUCUUUUACUUCGGCCAUUACAAACAGUGAUUCAGAAACUUCGUAACAACAAGGCAUAUUCAGUUGGAUUAGCAUUGUCUACGCUUUGGAGUCAGCUGUCUCUCCUUCCUGUUCCAUACUCAAAAGAACAAAUACAAGCAGAUGACUAUGGCCUUUGUCAGUGCUGCAAGGCCUUAAUAGAGUUCACUAAGCCUUUUGUGGAAGAUGUCAUUGAUAACAAGGAAAGCUCAAUGGAAAAUGAAAAAUUAAAGGAUGAAAUACUGAAAUUUUGUUUCAGAAGCUUGAAAUGCCCUUUGCUGACAGCACAAUUCCUUGAGCAGUCUGAUGACACUGGAGAUGAUCCUUUAAGGUGUUUUGCAUCUGAAAUAAUAGGAUUUUUAUCAGCAAUUGGACACCCUUUCCUCAAAAUGAUUUUUAAUCAUGGAAGGAAAAAGAAGACUUGGGAUUAUCUUGAAUUUGAGGAAGAAGAAGACAAACAGUUAUCAGACUCUAUGGCUUCUCUGGCAUAUCUAGUAUUUGUACAGGGCAUCAGUAUUGAUCAGCUUCCAAUGGUAUUAAGCCCAUCAUACCUUUUGCAGUUUAAUAUGGGGCAUAUUGAAGUCCUUUUACAAAGAACAGAGGAGUCUGUUUUCUCCAAAGGAUUGUAUCUGUUGGAGAAUGGUUUAUUGAGAAUAGAGGACAACAGUCUACUUCACCAGUAUUUAGAAAUCAAGAGUUUUCUUACUGUACCUCAGGGCUUAGUCAAAGUAAUGACACUCUGCCCCACUGAGACACUGAGGAAAAAGGGUUUAGCUAUGCUUCAGCUGUAUAUUAACAAGUUGGAUCCACAAGGCAAAUAUACUUUAUUUAGGUGCUUAUUGAAUACAAGUAAUCACUCAGGUGUGGAGGCCUUUAUUAUUCAAAAUAUCAAAAAUCAAAUUGACAUGUCAUUAAAGAGAACAUAUAACAAAUGGUUUACAGGACCGCAGCUGAUUUCCCUUCUAGAUUUGGUACUUUUUCUCCCAGAGGGUGCUGAAACAGAUCUACUGCAAAACUCAGAUAGGAUAAUGGCUUCAUUAAACUUACUGAGGUAUUUGGUUAUCAAAGAUAAUGAAAAUGACAAUCAAACUGGAUUAUGGACAGAACUCGAAAAGAUUGAGAAUAAUUUCUUAAAGCCACUCCAUACAGGUCUUAAUAUGUCAAAAGCACAUUAUGAAGCAGAAAUUAAAAAUAGCCAAGAAGUCCAGAAGUCUAAAGAUCUUUGUUCUAUAACUGUAGGUAGAGAAGAGAUCCCGAAUAUGCCUCCUGAAAUGCAGCUUAAGGUCCUACAUUCAGCUCUUUUCACAUUUGAUUUGAUUGAAAGUGUUCUGGCUCGAGUAGAAGAACUCAUUGAAAUAAAAACAAAGUCUACCUCUGAGGAAAAUAUGGGAUAAAGUGAAAGCUCCAUCCCCUAAAUAAAAACUAGAAAUAUACUAUAUUUUCCAUUAUGUUUAUUUAAUACUUUUAUAAAAGCUUUUCUGUAAAACACACUGAUAGAAAAUAAAUGUAGCUUUUCUCAUUUAUCCGUUUCAGCAAUGACACAUUAUGGAUCAGUAGUAGUGUUUGGUUUUAAAAAGAUAUCUACAUGGUAAAUAAUGCCCAUGUGUAUUUUAAAUACUACUAUUGAAAAUCCAAUACAAAUCAAUAAUUUUAUAUUAUGACUUCAUAAAAUGUACUGGAAUUGCCUUUAUUCAUUCAUACAGUUGUAGUGAGUUUAUAAAAAUACUGAUACACUUUGUGUUCCAGUUAGAUGCUGUGUUACAUUUUAGAACUCCUAGUAUCAAACUGGCUAUCACACCACUAAGAGCUAAGAGAGCUUAGAGAGAAAUUUUGAGUUUGGACCAGCUGACUACUUCUCUUAAUUUCCUUCUUUUUCCCUGCCUCAGGAGUCUUAGGGUGCAGAGUCCUAUCAAUCACCAGCUCUCCAGCAGUAGUUACAAUGUGAAAGCAUCUGUGAAGAUUAAUUUUAGAAAUACUGGCUGGCUUGUAUUAUAAAAAAGUAUAUAUGACUUUUCCUUUAACCUAAGGGGCUAAUUAGAAAAUGCUGUAUAUUUAUUUGCAAUUAAAUAUUUGUUCAUCCAACUUAAUUUGUAUCAUUAAGAAACUGCAUCUGAGUUUUAUAAUAUAUGUACCAAUUUUUUCUGAACUUUUUUUUUAUAUACCUCAUUUUUUAUUGCAUUUUGCAGAUACUGCAUUUUCUUUAUUUUGGCUGCAUUGGGUCUUCAUUGCUGCGCAUGGGCUUUCUCUAGUUGCAGGGAGUGGGGGCUGCUCUUCGUUGCGAUGUGUGGGCUUCUCAUUGUGGUGGCUUCUCUUGUUGCAGAGCACAGGGUCUGGGUGCACACAAGCUUCAGUAGUUGCAGCACGUGAGCUCAGCAGUUGUGGCACGUGAGCUCAGCAGUUGCGACACGUGGGCCCUAGAGCGCACAGGCUUCAGUAUUUGUGGUGCGUGGGCUCAGUAGUUGUGGCGUAUGGGCUCUAGGGCGUGCGGGCUUCAGCAGUUGUGGCAUGCAGGCUCAGUAGUUAUGGCGCACGGGGUUAGUUGCUCCGUGGCAUGUGGGAUCCUCCUGGACCAGGGAUUGAACCCGCGUACCCUGCAUUGGCAGACGGUUGCCCAACCACUGUGCCACCAGGGAAGUCUCUUUUCUGAACAUUAUUAAAGGAAGUAACAGAACUCCUGAAAAUAAAAUCAUUUUUUUUAAUUGUAUGUAUUUUAUUUUAAUAUUCUUCCAAAAGAACAUUUGUAAUUGAUAAUUUAAUUUGGGUUAAAUGUAUCACUACUCAGUUUUAUCUUUUGAAGUGUUUUCCAAACUGGACUUUGCUCAAUGAUGUAAGCUUUAGUUGUUAUCAUUCUGUAGCAGAUGCUAUCUAUGUGUGGUUUGGAGGUGAUCUGGAAGAAGAUAUAAACAUGCAAUAUUAUUUGAGAAAUAAGGUAUUUUUACAGGGUCACAUCAUAAAAUACCUAACAUUAUUUAUUCAACAAGCAUCAAUCAGUAUGGUGUAUGGGUUAUGAGAGUAAUAGAAAAAUACCUGAUCUCUGUCUUUAAGAGAUUUCAGAUGUGCAAGCCAAAAAAUAGAAUACUAUUAAGAAUUGCUUCAAUAGAGAUCUGUUCCAAGUAUAAGAGUAAGGAACACCUAACUCUGCCUGUGGGAGUUGGGAGCACACUUUACAGAGAAGAAUAAGUAUGAAAAGAAAGUGGAUAACCAGUGAAGUUAUAAAAUAGUAUGUAUGCACUCUGACAGUUCAUGACUACCAAUAUUUAUACUUUAGAAUUUGAAAGAAGAUUUAAGUAACCAAUAGGGCCAACACUGUAUAUAUAUGGCCAAAUGCUCUUUUGGCCCUAAAUGAGUGAUCCUGGUAGUUGGUACUGGAAAUAAAUUGAGAAGACCUGAGAGGCUAAGUUCAGGCUUGGGAAAGAGUUGCAUGUGUUGGAAAUAGCAACUUCUCUGAGGGGAACAGAAGUAGAAUAUUUGUCAGUUCUACCGAAGAGGGUGUGCAUUUUGAAGUCAAGAACCUUAAAGUGUAUCAGUGUGUAUGUAUGUAUGUCAUUUUCCUCAGGUGACUUACCUUAGCUAUGGUGCACAUAAGAUUAAUAGCAUUUAUUGUGUUGUGUACUGGAAGUAUCCGUAGGUUACUACCCAGGAAUCUGGAAAAAAAAAAUUCAAAAGUUAAAUAGUUGAUAUGACUUACAUCUGUUAAGUGGAAAGAAGAGACAAACCUCUUAUUGUUUGUCAUUUGUUUAUUCAUUCAUGCCUGCCUUAUUCCACAGAGGAUUUGAUAUGGCUUUACAGCCAGAACUUAAUUGACUAAGAAGUGUUCACUUCUGAUUUAGUCUUGCUGGAGAAUCCCAUAAAUCAGCAUGCACUCUGAAACUUGUCACCCUGAUUCAUAGACUAGCUAUUUGGCCUGCAUUUUAUUAAAUAGGACAGGUUAACAUUAUAAAGUUUACCUUUUGGAAAAACAUAAUUCGCUUGCCUAACAUAAUUCAGAAUCGAAGUAAAUAAAAUAAUUUCAGGAAAAUAGGUCUGUAGUGCUGUUGUCCAUACCUCUGCUGAAUCCUGAACAUCAGUUUCCAUUCCUCAGGCCCAUGCAGGGCAGCAGACAGAACCAAAAAACUAUUUCGGUGAAUGUUAAUAAACUUCUCAAUUUUGGCUAGAAAUGUUUCUUCAGCAGACAUAAAGCAUUUUUUAGCAUCCAUCAAUAAAAAUGCAACUCCUAGGAAAGGUGAGUGUAAUAUAAAAUGUCACUUCGUCAUACUGAUAAAAUUUUUUCUUGUAAACUCAGUAAAAUCAACAAAAAUAACUAUAAGUAAAACAUAGCUGUAAGUGUCCAGGCCCUAAACCCAUAACAAAUGGAAAUUACCAUAAUGAAAGUUUUACAUGACAAAAUAAUUAGGUAGUUCUUUGA